AUGGCUUCUCGUGCGACGGACCAACAGCAAAACCAACAGGAUAGGGGCUCGAAUGCGAGGAAGAAUUCCGGCGCGCCGUUGAGGACGAGGAAGUCGAAUGGGAAGUCGAGGGGUGGCUGUCUGGUGUGCAAGAAGAGACGGAUCAAGUGCGAUGAGUUACGGCCAACUUGCACACGAUGCAAAAGCCAACUCCACAAAUGCGUCUACGCCACGAGCGGCGUCCCUCGCUGGAAGAAUAAUGUCACCAGUUUCUCCCUCUCGAAACUCGCGAAAGCAGAGGAGUCGGAGAAGGUAGUGGAAAUCAAGGGCCAUAGCAGUAGUCCCGAUGCCUUCGAGAGUAUUUGGGAUAUCAACAGCUCUGCCUCACCGCCGGCGAUCAACAUUCCACCCCAGAUCAACUACAUGUCCCAGGAGGAUUGCGGGAGAUUCGAUACCCCGGAUGCGUUGCUGUUGAUACAUUUUGAAUCUUCUACGAUGGGAUCGUUGGUGGGUGCUGCGAGUCUUUGGGGUGAGGUUUUGCAGCUGGCUUUUCAGCACGACUUCCUCUUCCACGCAAUCCUAGCCCUCUCCGCUCGUCAUAUUCGUAAAUGUCCUACCGUCGAAUCAAUGUCUUCCCCUCAUGACUACGAUCAACUCGAGACACACCACCUCCAAAAAGCCCUCUCAACCUACCAUCCAUCCCUCGAAGCACUUAAUCCUCAAAAUCCUGAGGCCGUAGUCUCGACCUCUUUCAUUCUCUACUUCUACAUGUGCUCGGUCAUGGAUUUUGAUCCUUUCGCCGUUAUUCCAGUUGAAGACACAUCCUUCAAAUACCUCCGAGGUAUCUGCUCGGUCAUCACCUCCGGGCCGGACGUACGCAUGAAAAUCACUCUUUUCAGAAGUCUGGUCGCCAGACCGGUGCAUUUCCCAUAUUGGAUGGAGGAAACUUAUCCUGUCAUGGGUCCAGCCAGCGUGCUCGUAAACUUCCUAGAUGACAUCCCCGCGUACUCGCAUCUCCUGCGCAUCGAGAACAGCCGCGAGAUCUACCGCAACCGGAUGAUGUCUUUAGCACCGUAUCUCGUAGCAUGCACGAAACCAGGACUCGUCGACGAGGCAUUCGAGGAAUUGUUGGUUGGAUUCAAGAGAUGGCAAGCUAAUGUCCCGAUUGAACUUGAUUUACUGGUUCAGGCAUUUGAUCCUAUGGCUCUCGUUCUGCUUGCUCAUUUCUACGCUGCGAUUGGUACGGUCAUGUGUAGGAUGACUAACACGUGGUGGUGGUGGCAGGAGAAACCUGGAUUCAUGGUCAACACCAUUGCCCGCUACCUCGGACCCGAAUGGGACGUUUGCAUGGCCUGGCCCAAAAAAAUGGCCAUGUCAUUCAAAAGCAAAUCUUCACUUCACCAGGCACCACUUGUUUCUCCGCUAAGAGUGGGCAUGGAUUUCCAUGAAGUCGGAUUCGGCAGGGGCUUUGAGACUUGGGUCGAAUAA